UGGAUUAAAUGGAAGCUACUGGGCAGAUGUGGAGGAGAGACUGAUGAGAAUGAUUGAAUAGGAGCCAAGACAACGUCCGCAAAGAUCUUCCGAGAAAAGGCUUUGGGUAACCUCUGAAAAUGCAAUCAGAGAAUAAACCGCACAGUUCCACCCACAACAGGAAGUACUAGUGAACGAGGGUGCUCCCUAUAUAACAAAGAAGACAGCGUGUGACCGGUCCCGCCGAACCACGGAGCACUGCACCGAUCCACAUCUUCGGAGACACUGCACGGAGCACCACGCCACAAACUCACCAAAAACUACACAAAUAAAUCCACCCUCCGGGGUUUUUCUUGACACUUAACGGUCUCGUUGUCAUGUGUGAUUCCUCACCCCCGCCACACUGGUGGAGAAUGCAGGCAUAAAGGUGAGGAAUCGCCGACAAAUCACCCCUUCAGCACGUGGACUAAGUUGUGUUUUUUUUUUUUCCUUUUCUGUCUAGGCGGCCGCUCCCCCCCCCUUCCCCGGGCAUGGAAGAACUCCUCAAACAUCUCACAGAGGUGAGCAUCCGCCAGCAACAAAUCAUGGAGCAUGUGGCCUCCCGACAAGGCGAGACAGAGCGGGAACUCGCCGAGCUCCGUUUCACCGCGGCCCAACGGGUCCCGCUCUCCGAUCCCCGAGUCCGGGCGACCCAGCUUCUCCCUAAGAUGACUGUCCACGACGACAUAGAACACUUCCUCCAAAUGUUCGAGGCCGUCGCGCUCCGGGAGGACUGGCCGCAAGAGGAAUGGGCCCGGAUUAUCGCUCCCCUUCUGACUGGAGAGGCACAGCGAGCAUACUUCGCGUUACCCUCGGAGAAGGCCGACUCCUAUGAGGAAUUAAGAAAGGAAAUCCUGGCUAGAGUGGGCCUGUCCCCUAUUUGUGCGGCCCAACUGUUUCAAGACUGGGAGUACAAGCCCCGCCUACCGGCCCGCGGCCAGGCAGCCGAGCUCUCGCGUUUGGCACGACAUUGGCUCCUUGUCGCGGACCCCACGGCCAGCCAAGUUGCCGAGAGAGUCGUCGUGGACAGGCUUCUUCGAGGUCUACCCCGGCCCCUUUGGCAAGCCGCGGGGAUGCGCAACCCCCUUACCAUCGGGGAAGUCGUCGAGGCCAUCGAACUGGCGGAUGCCACCCUUCACCGAGAGGCGGGGGAGCGAGUGCCGCCUUUUCCCCGGAGGGUGGUCCAGGAGCGACGCGUGCCGGAGGGCACCUCGCGACCGGUAAACAGGCCAGCGGUUCCAGGCCCCCAGGAUGAGCCCAUGCCCACCAAGCCACCCCGCUCUCCAAACCGGGCCUGGCUGACAGGCUGCACCCUACACCAGGAACCACCCCUCGCCGCCCCACAGGCGGAGGUACGGAUUAACGGACGCCCAUUUCCCGCCCUCCUGGACUCAGGCAGCGCCGUAAGCCUCAUCCAACCAGCCGUCCUUCCCCAGCGGGCCGAGUCCAAGGCCCUCCUGUCCGUAACCUGCGUCCAUGGGGACACGCGGCAGGUACCCGCACGGCGGAUCAACAUCUCGGCGGCCCAUGGAACCUGGCCAGUGGAAGUGGGGGUCCUAAAGGACCUGCCGGUCCCCAUCCUUCUCGGGAGAGACUGGCCGGGCUUCGACCGGCUCCUCGCCGCCGCCAGCCAGCCUGUCAGCCCUGCCGGGAACCGCCGUCGCCGCAAACCCAGACGCAGUACCCGCCGUCGCCCCGUGUUGCUGGCAUCUGACAGCGCCCGAGACGGUGAGUCCCCCUCUCAAAAUACUAACCUGUACUAUGAUGUAUUCCAACAGGUAACGGGAGGGGGAUCGUUCGCAAAGGAGCAGCACGGGGAUGACCGCCUGAAACAUUGCUGGACGCAAGUGCGGGUGAUCGAGGGGAAAGAGAUCCUACCAGCACCGCACCCGAUCCCCCACUUCCGCAUCCAAAAUGGCCGCCUUUACUGUGUCGCCCAGCGGAGGGGGGAGGAAAAAUCGCUAUUGGUAGUGCCAAAAGCUAAAACAGAAGUCGUGAUGGAACUAGCCCACGCCCACCCGAUGGCCGGCCACCUCGGAGUGCAAAAUACCACCCAACGCAUCAGGGAUCGCUUCCAUUGGCCAGGCCUGGAGGCCGAUGUGAGGCGCUUCUGUCAAGCCUGCCCGACUUGCCAACGAACCUCACCGAGAACUCCUCCCCCCAGCCCGCUGAUUCCGCUACCCAUCAUCGAGGUGCCCUUCGAGCGCAUCGGGAUGGACCUGAUAGGGCCGUUGCCGAAGUCCGCCCGUGGCCACGAACACAUCCUGGUGAUUGUCGACUAUGCCACCCGGUACCCAGAGGCAAUUCAAACCUUCUGAAACGGUGGGUCGGGAACC